AUGGAUUCUGUACAUGAGAUCAAGGAUAGGAAGAGAUGUGCAGAAAGAAGCGAAGAGAUUGAGAUAAGAGCUCGAGCUCGGAUUCGACAAACUCCGAUUGUUUCUGGUGGAAAUACUACUUCAGCCAAAACAACGACCCAGAUCGCAGAGACAAAGAAUAGUAGAGGAAAAUUUUCAAUUGAUGUAAUGCCAAAAGAAGUGAUUGAACAACUGAGGAGCUUAAACAGUUGGGAUGAGUGGCCUUGUCCAUGGACUUACGACGAGGAGCAAAUGAGGUUGGCACCGAUCUGGUACCCGUAUAUGGAUGUCGAACUCAGUCAACUUCAUGCAGAGAACGAAGAGAUUGUUUGGGAUGAUGAUGUAUGGGACUUGAAAGACAUCAAGGAAAUCCCCGAGAAAUGA